AACUGCAUCUUCACUGCAAACGUGAAUGAGCCACUGUAAUGGGAAGUCUACGGCAGUGAGCCGGCGAGCUCCACUUUAGCCUCGUUUAUCCUUCGACACUCAGGGGGAGGGGAAGGGGGGCAAUACCGCGGACCAGUAAACGAUGUUUAUUCGAUUCGUUUGAGAAGGACCUCCAUUCUAAACCAGUGUGAUAUUUUAGACCAACGCGAUUUUCUUCUUAUCAGUCAUAUUACUGACUGACAAGAUAAAACGGACAUAUCUUUCGGACAUGUAGACCAACAGGAUAGCAAGUAUUGUGCGACCGACACCCAUAUAGAAUUCAAGGAUGAAAUAAGGAUGAGCCCUCCAGGGCUGUAAAUGAGCCCUAACAGGAGACAUGUUCUGCGGACAGCAGUAGACCUGCACUGUGGCCAUCAUGAAAGGGUUAGGAGCCAAUCGCAGCCGUAACCUGUCAGAUUCCUGUGAGCCAUCAGGGGGUCCCCAGAAGCCCCUGUACCCCUUGACAUCUGACCCCCACGGUCCCUUCCUUCUGAGCCCUACCAUAAACCACUACGGCACCAUGGAACCCCAUCAACUCUACCACUACCCGGCACCGAACCCUGAAUCCCUACCUCCGGAGUGUCUAAUGCCCCUCAACCAGAUGUCCAAUAGCAGCACCUUCCCUCGCCUUCAUUUCACCUCCCAAACAGAACAGACAGAUUACUCCCAGGAAUACUCCCAGGGCUGCAUGGUCCCAACCAGGGGUGAGGGUGGCCAUGGGGCCAGCCGGGCGGGAACACUGUCCACUUCCAUGUCCAUGAGCCUAGGUCUGGGACUCAGUGGGGCCCCAAUGAUUACCAGUGGAUCAGCUACCAUCUCCUCCGCGGCAGCGGCCAAGAUGAACCGGCUGCCAUCAAACCUGCUGGACCAGCUGGAGAAGCACCUGCCACUGCAGAGGGAUGGCUUCAGUACCCUGCAGUUCCACCGAGGCAGAGUGGCCAAACAGCGGAGCGAGAGCCCUGGACGCAUACGCCAUAUCAUGCACUCUGUCCAAAGACUCUUCAACAAGUCCCAGUCGCUGGAGGGCACCGCUGUAAAGGGCAACAUGAACAGCAGUACAGGGGGAGCUGAGGAUGGAACCCAGCAGACCCGCAGGAGUAAAAGUAAAGACAGGGCUAAGACUGAGACACUGAAGCAUCGACCUAGCAGGCAGAACGCAUUGGGGCUUUGGAGCUCAGAUGACGCCCUGGACGCUGACACAACCAACAAAGCUGGAGCUGUCGCUGUGGGGUAUCGUAACCCACUUAGCAUGAUGACACUGGGCAGGGCGGUGUCGGACAGCCAGGCCCCUCCUAGGCACCUCUCACAAGGCUACAACACCAUCGCUGCCCACACACUAAAGAGUUCCAAGAGCAGCAGCGACCUCAAGUACCUCGCCUGCCCACAAGCGCUGGCCGGAACCAAGGGAGGGGAGCUGGAGGUAGGGGGAGGAGGCAGGCAGAGCACCUUGGUGAAGAGAGGCUCCUGGUCCACAUUGACCCUGAGCCAGGCCAGGCAGGUGUUCCAGAAGGGUUCCGCCACAGUCAACAGGACCCUACUUAAAUCCAAGUCGUGUCACCAGGACCUGACCUGUCAGUACCUCCAGGUUCCCCUGGGGGACUGGAGCACUACACUUGGGGGCCGCGGUCGGCCUGGUCACCUGGAGAUCCCCUGCCGGAGGAUGCGUAGCGGCAGUUAUGUCAAAGCCAUGGGGGAGGUGGACCAGGACAGUGAGGACUCGGAGGGAAGCCCCAAACCUUCGCCCAAAACUGCUGCCCGCCGCCAGAGCUACUUGAAGGCCACACAUCAGUCCCUGAGUGAACAGCAAGCACCGUCAUCACAUAAGCCUCGCGGUUAUGCUCUCAAACAAGAGGAUAAUGGAACACUGUGGUCUCCUCUACAGAUUGCAUGCUCAAUGCAGCAUUUGGCCAGCUGUCUCCCCUCCCUGAGAGAGCUCUCCACCAACCGGAGCCUAGACAACCUGGACUGCCUGGUGAGCUCUGGCGAGCCCCUGAUGGCCAUGCGGCACUGGGAAGACGGCAGGGACUACCACCAAGGCUUUGGUACUCUGGGCAGGGGCAUGAUGACCUGUGGUCAGGUGUGUGGGCAGGGCUGCGGCCGCUCGCUGUACUGUGAGGGGGAGUCCCAGGCGGUGGAGGCUCUGGACCUGCCCACGCCCACGUGCUUCCGCUCCCGCAGUCACAGCUACUUACGGGCUAUCCAGGCCGGCUGUUCCCAGGACGAAGAUACCGCCUCAGUGGACUCUGAUACCCCUCCACCUACAGCCACAAGCUGCACUUACACCCCCUGCAACAGUACAUGUGCAGACAGUUCCUACAAGACGGCCCCGCCACCGGUCCCUCCGCGCACCACCUCCAAGCCCUACCCUUCUGUGACCGUGCAGAGCAGCACUGAGUCGGCCCAGGACACAUACCUGGACCAACAGGACCGCCGCAGCGAGGCCAAUAGCCAAUCGGAACGCAGUAACUCCUCCGACAGCCUCUGCAGCCUGCGUACCAGCAGCUUGGCCAAGGGCCCCAAGCCCCCGGCUCCAGCCCCUGUCCCUGCCCCGAGGGAAUCCCACCUACCAGCCACCUCUAGCUCCACCACAAGUUCUGGCACCCAGUUUGAGCCCCAGAAUGAAAGCCUAAACCCCGGCCCCAGCCUCACCCCAGACCAGUCCCUGACCCUCCCCGAGCCUGUGCCCACCAAGAGGAAGCUCUCGUCUAUCGGUGUCCAGGUGGACUGUGUUCAGCCAAUCCAGAGAGACGAUCAGGCGCUCCCCUCGACCAAGUUCCAGUCUAUUGGAGUGCAGGUGGUUAACGGCCGGCCACUCAGCCGGGCCAGCAGCAUGGCAUCCAGACAGAACACCGAGACCGAGGCUCAGGACUCUCAGCAGGACUCCCCUCCACCAGAGAACAACAGUAGGCCAAACUGCAACUGUAACAGCCAGCCGCUAGAACACCCCUCCGCCGCCUCUAACGGUGAGGGCAGAGGGGUGACACGGCAGUCCCCCAAACACGCUCCAGUGCCGGCCAGAGCGGCCCCGGCGGAGAGCCUGGAUUCUGCCUUGGAUCCGUCUUCCCUGCCCCCUCCGGACCCCAGUUUGGAGAGCGGCAACGGCAGUGUCUCGGCAGACACAGCCCAGCCUGCCCUGCACGCCUGCCUCCGGGACGGCAACUGGUUCCUUAAACUUCUACAGGCUGAGACUGCACGCAUGGAGGGCUGGUGUCAACAGAUGGAGCAGGAAACCAAAGACAAGGACAUCUCAGAGGAGGUGAUGGGGACGGUACGCAGUGCAGUGGGUAGUGCCCAGCUCCUCAUUGCCCAGAAGUUCCAGCAGUUCAGAGGACUUUGUGAAGAGAACCUGAAUGUGAACGCCAAACCUCGGCCCACGGCUCAAGAUCUGGCUGGAUUCUGGGACCUGCUGCAGCUCUCUGUGGAGGACAUCAGUGUCAAGUUUGACGAGCUCUGGCAACUCAAAUCCAACAACUGGCAGCUGCCAGAGAAGAAGGAGAAGAAGGCCGCACCCCUGUCUGUGCCAAAGAAGUCCUCCAAACCCAAGCUAACUGCUGGGAAGGACCAGAGUAUGGACUCUGCAGUGGACAAGCAGCGGCAGGAGGCCAGAAAACGCCUGAUGGCGGCCAAGCGAGCAGCAUCAGUACGGCAGAACUCUGCAACGGAAAGCUCAGACAGCAUUGAGAUCUACGUACCUGAGGCCCAGACACGCCUCUGAGAACAGAUGGCCACCGUUCUCCCCCAUGAAGGAACACACAAACACGCUGCUCCAAAUGUAGGAAUAGUCUCCCACACACACACACAAUCCACCCAGGGAUAUAGAGUCCCCAAACGGCAGCGCAGCAUUCGAUAUAAGAACCCAAGAGAUCACAGGACCAUUAUACCCAUUAGAACAAUGCAAAACCACUUCCUUCCGGGCUGCCAUGGAGGAAAGGACUUCAACAGACAUUUAAUACUAUUGUUAUUACUAUUAAUAUUAUAAGUAUCUCCUCUUGAAAUAUAUCGAGACUGUCUUUAAAUGUGGAAGUAUCUCGGAUAAAAGGACAUCCUUUUGAGCUGAAGAAUCUUUGUAUCAUGCAUUUACUGUCUUCUCACCCCCUAACUACGUCUAGGUCUACAGGCUGGGCUAGUCCAAGCAGCCCUGGCGUUUACCAGUGAUGUAACAAAUACACAGACACACACACACACACACACACACACACUCAGGAUACACACAGCUGUACUCACUGACUGACCACACAGUCUUCCUGUUCGCUCUCCAGAUUAGGCUGCCACCAUUGGGUGUGGACGAUAAGCUUUACUGUGUAUGGAAUCUAUGAGUUGAUUGUGUUGUCCUGUGCUCAGAGGUAGAAGAAAGAUCAGAGGAAGGCUGUAGCAUCCUGUCUCACACUCUGGUUACUACCAAAAGGGUUCUUUUUCUAAAUGUUCUUUACCAGAUUGUUUGUUAGACAAGAUCCAGUGUUCAGUACUAAGGUAUUUUUUUUAAUAGACCAUGUACUCUCAUGAUGAGGAUGAUCUUCUCACAUGAUUCAUUCACAUUCACUCAUGCUGUGUGUGUGCAGAAUCAUAUUUUAAGUCUUAUAUUGGGGUGGGUGGGUACUAUGGCCAGUUGAUGUGUGCUACAGUAGGAAUGUAAUAUGCAUUGAAAAUAACUUGAUAACAGCACCUUCCACACUUGAAACAUAUAUUUAGGUCAAGUUCUCUCUUCUGGUUCAUUUUGACUGACUUUAACCAUAUUUGGUUCUGGGGACCAUGAGGUGUUGCACACCACUUUUAAACAUUCCCUGUUUCCCACUCACCCUCCAUUACAUUUGAAACAGGACACCUCCAAGUUCCUCUGUCUUGCCUGGUUACAAAAACUGGUUUAUUUUCACCGGCAUAAGCCAGAACUCACCCAGUGGUUUGGGGAGACAACUAGUAUAAGCAAUAAUGAGAAUGUUGAUGUUUGAGCUAGCAAUGUAACAUCUAUUCUAAUGCCCAUUCAUAAAUAAACGUUUUAGAACUGAAGGCAAGCGCUAGGUUAAAGUCAAAUUUUAUGUUUCAGCCUUGUCAUAAUCUGCUUUGAGGAGCUUCCACUAUACUGUUUCCUCUUGUCUAGUUCUUAGACUAGGAGUUGUUUUCUGACUAGGCAAGAUUUUUCAGGAUGCCUGCUCAGUCACAAACAGUCUUACCAUAACAGCACUUUGAUCAUCACGAACCAUUAAUAACCACUUUAAUUGGUCAAAAGCCUUAACACCAACUGAAAUGAAUAAUGAUCCAAAAGAAUACAAACAUGCCAUACAUUUUCAGCUAAAGAAAUGUUUGCAAUGUCACUGAUCAGUGCAUUCAAAAAGCUUUAGUAUCAAAACAUUGGUUUAAGCACUAUGCCUGGUUUGUUCCCAUGUUUCAGACAAUGCUCACGGUGAAUUAAUGUACUCCCAUAUGCCGUGUGGUGGGCUUCUUGAUCUCUCAUUCCUGUAUACAGUGUAUAGAUUCAGGGACUACGAUAAAUUAUUUUAAAACGUUUUUUACCAGAGAUUUUUCUGUGGCCUGUUUGAAUUAAUCAUGCAGUCAGCCAAAAUGCAACUAAUUUUGCCUGUGCCAAAAUGGUUAUAUAUAUUGGUAUUUGUCUGGGUUUGGAUAGAAUUGGUGGUGCUGCAUAGCAUUGGCCAUUGUACAGGGAUGGUGUAAUGUGGAAAGUGUUCCAAGAGAAACCAUUUCAUUCACUGAGUAAGAGGAUUAUUCCCAAUAUCACACUACAGCAUGUAUGUAUGUAUAUGAGAUUUUAGCUUUGCAUUUCUCAUAAAAAGAAAUUUAUUUUUCUGAAAUGAAUCGUAAUGUUUCAUUAAUUUGUUAAAUUCCAAAUUAACACCCUAGCCCAGCCACUCAGUGUGAAAUUAUUGGAGAGGUAUUAACAAUAUGGUACUUGAAAUUCUACCCAGGAUCAGGAGUAAAGCUCUGAUCAGAAGACUGUGAUGUAAAUACAAUAUUACCUAAAGUUAUAAGGAUUGAUUUGGAAUUUAGAAAUUAAUGAUCUGCAACAAGUAUCUGCAAUUUCAGGAUCUCAGUACUACAUACCGCUUGCCAAGCUGGUUCUCCCCCUAAAUGGAUAAUAGCUGCUUCACAAUAGGCUAACCUAAAAUACUGAUGAAAGCCACAAUUAGUUUUGUAUUUUUAUGUCAAUAUCAAUGAGUUGGAGAUUUAGAACUGGGCACGCAGCAGUGCUAGGAUGUUAUUUUGUUUUCAUAAUUCAUCAACUGCGGACAUGUACAUUUCAUUGUCCAAAGAAAUCAUUAAACAUCCCUUUUACAUCUUGUCA